AAAAAAAUCAAAGCAAAGAUCAUGAACACAGUUCCGGCGGAGCUCACCGGAUACUUCCAAUAUGUAGCGCUGGGAAAAUAUAAUAACCAAACACCAAUCAUGGAGUCGGAAUACUUCAACAUGCACUCUUCUCCUACUUCUUCCUCCUGCUACAUCAACGGUCUUAUUAACAACAACAACUUCUACUCUUCAUCAUCCAAUGGUCAGGAUCUAAUGACGAGCAACAACUCAGCAUCAGACGAAGAUCACCAACAAAGCAUGGCCAUCGAUGAGAGAAAACAAAGAAGGAUGAUCUCUAACAGAGAAUCUGCUCGUAGGUCAAGAAUGAGAAAGCAGAGACAUCUCGAUGAGCUUUGGUCUCAAGUGAUACGACUUCGUACUGAUAACCACUGUCUUAUCGAUAAGCUAAACAACGUAUCCGAAAGCCAUGAGCUUGCUUUGAAGGAGAACGCUAAGCUUAAAGAGGAAACUUCUGAUCUCAGACAACUACUCUCUGAGAUAAAAUCCAACAACGAAGACGACAACAAUUUUCUAAGAGAUCUUGAAGAUUCGAUAUCAAACACUAGAUCGGGUUCGGACCAAAGGGGCAGAGAUUUUGAGUUGUAUUAAUUAAUGAUCUUGAUCAAUGUUCUGCUUGUGUCAAGAAUGCAGAUUUCAUAACGAUCAUAUAGUAUUGU